AUGAAAGCCAGGCAGAGCCGACGUCUGAAGCAGGCAACCCUUGUCCUGGGGGGCUGUCUAGCACUAUACUGCCUCCUUUUUGUUUCCAGCAGCACCAUCGACGAUGAAGCUCCGGGUUCGGGCAGCACUCGGUCGACGUCGAGACCUGCUUCCUCGAAGCUGCUGACCCCCGACCUGCUCGCCAACCUGUCCCUGAGCGAGGAGCAGUGCAACGCUGCCUUCCCGGGACUCACAAAGGAGAUUGACGACGCCGUCGCCGAGGGCCCCUUCAAAGUGAAGCAGACUGGGGAUCUGGGUCCUCUGCAGGGCAGGAUAAAGGAUGGAAAACUCUCCAUCAUCAAUACACAACGGAAGGUAGACCUAUCGAGGGAGAUGGCCAAUUCCCGCAGCGCCGCUAUGCACCAGCUCCACCGCGCCCUCAUCACCUCGCCGUCGCCCCUGCCCGACACCAUCUUCUCGCUCAACUUCCAAGACCAGCCGUUCGGCACGGCAUGGACGUACAGCCGACCCGCCGACCCAACCUUCCGCAGCAAAGACCCCGACGUGCGCAACUUCCUGAUGCCGCACUUCUCCUUCUGGGCCUGGCCCCUCCCCUUCAUCGGGUCCAUGGACCGUGCCGCGCGCGCCAUCGCCGCAAUCGAGUCCAGCCUGCCCUUCGCGCGCAAGAUCCCAAAGGCCGUGUGGCGCGGCACCACGUGGUUCAACAGCGUGCAGAACCCGCGCCUGCGGCAGAACCUGAUCGUGGCCUCGAGGGGCAGGCCGUGGGCCGACAUCGAGGCCCUCGAGUGGACCACGGCCGAGAAGGGCAGACCCGGCGCAGCCGGCGCCGCCGGCGGCGGCAACUCGCGCAACGCCUCCAACGCGCUGCCCAUCGAGGAUUUCUGCCGCUACAAGUACGUCGUGCACACCGACGGCAUCGCGUACAGCGGCCGCUUCCAGUUCCUGCAGAUGUGCGCCAGCGUCGUCAUCACGCCGCCCAUCCUGUGGAUGCAGCACACCACCCACCUGGUCCGGCCCGUGUUUUCGAGCGACCUGGCCGGAACGGGCGGCGGCGCUAGCGCGGACUCGCGCGCCAAGGCGGCCGGGGCGCCCGGAACCGGAGCCGGCGCCGGGUGGGUGGAGUCGGAGCGGAUCCGCAACUCUUGGCCAGUGCGGUACCGCCCCGAGGAGGCGAACAUCGUCUUUGUCGCGCCGGACUGGUCUGACCUGGAGGCGACGGUGACGUGGCUCGAGGACCACCCGGACGUGGCCGAGGGGAUCGCCAGGAGGCAGCGCGAGAUGUUCGUCGGCGGCGGGUACUUCAGCCCCGCAGCUGAGGCGUGCUAUUGGAGGGCUCUGGUGCGUGGUUGGGCUGAGGUUGCGCGGACGGAGGGAAUGGGCUGGGAGGAUCUGGAGGGUGUUACGUUUGAGACGUUCAGUCUGACAGGAGGUGAUUGA